AUGGUCAACCCCACCGUGUCCUUCAACAUCGCUGUCAAUGGCGAGCCCUCGGGCUGUGUCUCCUUCAAGCUGUUUGCAGACAAGUUUCCAAAGACAGCAGAAAACUUCCGUGCUCUGAGCACUGGAGAGAAAGGAUUUGAUUAUAAAUGUUCCUCCUUUCACAGAAUUAUUCCAGGGUUUAUGUGUCAGGGUGGUGACUUCACACGCCAUAAUGGCACUGGUGGCAAGUCCAUCUGCACUGCCAAGACUGAGUGGUUGGAUGGCAAGCACAUGGUCUUUGGCAAGGUGAAAGAUGGCAUGAAUAUUGUGGAGGCCAUGGAGCACUUUGGGUCUGGGAAUGGCAAGACCAUCAAGAAGAUCACCAUCGCUGACUGUACACAACUCGACUAA